GAGAAUCCGACACACAAUUCUCGACUAAUUACUUUGCGCAUCUCUCUCUGCUCUCGCCAGCAAUUGCAUCGUGUUUCAUGCCCCUCUCUCCCUUAUUCCAUUCCAUGGCCCCUGCGCCCGAUCCCCUGCUUCUGCCUGGUUGUCUAAACACCGCACGCUGUGCUUUACGGUAGAGUUAGUUGCACAGCUUUGUUGGGAUUUUCAGGAAGGAAGUUUGAGUUUCGGAGCCGAUAUUUGGUGUCAAGUUGGACUGUGUCCAGGUUAUGAAGUUACGCUGAAACUCGUGUCCAGAAUCACGGAGCUGUUCAUCUGGGGGGGCUUUUGAAGGGAAAUAAACUGGGAAUUAGCAGACGAGGCUUUACAGUAUGAACGGAUCCAAAAGUAUGUUGAAGUUGGCUGCGGCAGCCCUGAGCAAGGGUUUGCAGGAAUCGCCGUUAAAAAGUGGGUUGGCAGAAAAGGGAAAUUUCUGCAGGACUGUGUUUCUUACGAGGAGGUACUCUGCAGAAUGUUCUGGUAAAGAAACCAAUCCCACUAGCAAAAAAUCUGACUCUGGGGAAAUUGAUGUGGAGAUUCCGGUGAAGUUUGAUCUACAUCUGUUGGAGUCUGGGCCAUCCCAAGUAACUACCACAAACAAGGAAGAGCUUAUGAAAAUCUACACAGACAUGCAAAUCAUCAGGAGGGCAGAAAUUGCAGCUGACAUGUUGUUUAAAUCUCAAAUGAUUCGCGGAUUUUGCCAUCUCUACGAUGGCCAAGAAGCUGUUUCGGUUGGAUUGGAAAGAGCCCUGUCCUACGAUGAUAAUGUUAUAACUGCGUACAGAGAUCACGGCAUUUUCUUAGGGAGGGGAGGUACUGUCUUUGAACUGUUCUCCGAGUUGAUGGGUAAGAGGACGGGGUGUGCUCUUGGCAAAGGAGGCUCCAUGCAUUUGUACCACAGGGAACACAACUUUUGGGGUGGGUGGGGUAUUGUUGGAACGACUCCACCUCUUGGCGCAGGACUCGCAUUCGGUCAGAAGUAUGAGAAGAAACCUAAUGUGACAGCGGCAAUUUACGGAGAUGGUGCCGGCAAUCAGGGUCAACUUUUUGAAGCACAAAACCUUGCUGCUCUAUGGAACCUACCUCUCAUACUUGUGAUUGAAAACAACCAUUUUGGGAUGGGGACAGCAGAGUGGCGGUCAUCAAAGAAGACGACCCACUAUGACCGCGUUUCUUACAUUCCAGGCAUCAAGACAGAUGGGAUGGAUGUGUUUGCUGUUGGAGAAGCAUUCAAGCUCUGUAAGGAACAUUGUCUUUCCGGCAAGGGUCCGAUAACUCUGGAAGCAGAUACUUAUAGGUAUCAUGGUCACAGUAUGUCAGAUCCUGGCAGCACUUACCGCAGCCGCCAAGAAAUUCAAGGGAUGAGGCAAGAGCGCGAUCCCAUAGAACGCGUCCGUAAGAUCAUCUUGAAAGAGGAGCUGGCUACAAACGAGGAGCUUAAGGACCUUGACAAGCAGAUUCGGCAUGAAGUGGAUGAGGCGUCUGCGAAGGCUCGGGAGGCUGAGUUUCCAGGUGAAGAAGAGUUAUUUGCUAACAUAUACAAAGCUGACUCUGGUCUCAUAGUCACAGGCUGUGACAGAAAACACAGCAAAGUUCAGAUGUCUUGAUUUUCUUGUCAAAAGUUUGAGAUAUAUUUGAUCUACUGAGUACAAGUUUUAGGUGACGUCUAAAAUUUUGAAAACUCAAACAAGUCAUUUGUAAAGACUCCCAAAAUAUGAUCAGUAAUUGCAGAGCUGUAAAACAAUUUCACAAUAUGUGGUUAUUCUCUCUUGGUUUGAUUUA